UCUGUUAUAGGCGAAGGAUUUCCAUAUUAUCGAACUUGGCAGCCUUUCACAUUUUUGUUUUGGGUGGGAUACAAUAUAGCCGUUGUCAUUCGCGAAUUGUGAAAACCUUCCGUAUUCUGAAAUAUUUUUUCUAAUCGGGUCAUUAAUUUUUGAGUAUAUUCAUUACUUUUAGCUGUUUUCAUUACGUUUACACACACACACACACACACAGCCAAAAAUACAAAUCUGUCAUCUAGCUAGAUAAUAGAUAAUAUGUAUUAGAGUAGAUAAAAAAUAGAGUUUCAACACAAUUCUUUCUCACCUUCCCACUAUUCACCAACUUUUUGCUCUCUAGAUGGUGUUCACUCGCCCCUCAAGCAUCCCAUUUCCCACGACCUGGAGAAAGUUCUCCACAUCCAAGGGUGCACUCCGCAUCCAGGACUUGACGGAGGACUUGCAUGAGGCAGCCAUCGAUCUCCUCACGAAGUACUUCAUGAGGGAUGAACCGCCUUGCAAGUAUAUUGGAAUUCAAAACUACCCAUCAGCCGUGAAAGAACUGCAGAACCUCUGGCGUACUCCACUCAAAGAGAACCUGUCGCUGGUCUGCGUGGAGGACAAUGAUGACCAGCCUCCGAGGAUCGUGGGGGUGAACGUGCUGACCGUCGUGUGUAAGGAGGAUAAAGAGGAGCCUUUUCAGACCGACGACAAGAUCUGGGCGCAACUCUUCGGUGCGGUGGAGCUGGUCAGCAAGUCAGUGGACGUGUUCCAAAGAUACCAGGUGGACAAGUACCUGACAGCAUACGGGCUGGUGGUGGACCCGGCGUGGAGAGGCUGCGGCGUCGCCAAGGAACUGCUGGUAGCCAGAAUGCCCCUCUGCAAAGCCCUAGGCAUCAAGGUGACAGCAACAGUCUUCACUGCAGCGGCCUCUCAAGCAGUCGCCAAAAAAGCAGGCUUCAUCGACCUUUACGAGAUAACAUACGAAGAACUAGCUAAAAAAGGUUUCGUCUUCCCCGGCGUUGAAAAAGAUACGAAGUCUUCAAAGUUAAUGGCGUUGGCCAUAGAGUAAUUUGAAAAAAAAAUGUGUGUAUUGCCAUGUAUGAAAAUGUUACCCGUUGUAUGGGAUGUUGAAUUUUUGUAAACCAGUUUUAUGACUUCCAGUAGGGAUUAUUAACGGCAGUUCUCAAUAUUCUACCUAUCUGUUGAUUUGCUUUCUAAAGAUAGAAUUUUGACAUUAGUCCCAAAGAAGGAAUGUAAAAUUUCUAUCUCUGGUUAGCAAAACAAAAGAUACAUUAAAUGUUGCAGAUGGCCUUAGGUAAAUCAUUUAUUGAAAUUAUAUACCAUCAUCAUCUUCCAGCGUAGUUCCCAGAAAAAUGAAAUUAAACACCAAUUUCUUGAUUAUGUUAACCCUUUAAUAAUUUGGAGGUGGUGAAACUGGGUGCUUUAAAACCAAAUAUGAAUAACCAAAUGAUCUCAUUUUUUUAGUAUGUAACGACGCUUUAACCAAAGAAAAAUGUACCUGUUAUAUUAUAAGCUGCUUUAACUUAA